CCAGCAGCCUGGCUGCAUCCGGAUAAUGCAACUGAACCAGGAAGUGCCACUGUGCAUACACUCGUGCUUUGCCUUUGCAGCUGGCCAGUUACGUACACACUUGCCUAGAGUCAUGACACGGCUCUACUCUGCUGCUCCAGCCCCGCUGCUGUGCACCCUCGCUGUGCUCUUCAGAACCUCUCUGUCGGUGGGUCAUGUACCGAUGCUGCUUUGGUCAUCUCAGAGAUUACAGUGGAAUCCAUAUGCUGAUUUGCAUGAAGGCCACAUCAUCUCAGCACAGGAACUGACUGCACUCUUACAACCAUUUACCCAGAAUUCCAGAAACCUCAUCUUGUUCCUGCAAGACAUGCUUAGCAUAGAUGAUUUCACAUACCUCAGUGAAUCCUACGGUAACAAGAAUCCAUUUCAAAAUGUUCAGGAAAUUCUUCAGUCUUCUCCUUCAUCUUUAGUUUUGCCAGCUGUUGACUGUGAGGCUAUCAAGUACCUCCUGGGCUUUCUUCAGGAGUCAGAAGACUGGAACUUAACAAAUAUAACUAAUCUCAAUGUCUCUCAGCUGGAAGUGAAUACGCCUAAACCAAACUUACUGGUGAUUCAGCUACAACCACUUGUCAGUGGUUUAAAUGAGAUUUCCACCCUGGAAGCAAUUGCUGAAAAUGACAAAAUAAUUGGAAGACUGACCAUGGAUUUGCAGGAACGAGGGAUUAAUUUUUCAGUAAUUUAUACUGCAGUGAGACCUUCAAGGAUUUCUAGAAGAACUGUAGUAGUGGGGGAAUUAAGACGACAAUUAAUGGCCACUGAGGAAGAAGACAGUUUAUCAUAUUCCCCCCUGAAUGUGACCACUGGAAAUGAUACAUGCAUCCUUUUUUACGCUAGUAAUUUCAGCCUCAAAACCAGCAGUUCAGAUUUUAUAGAUUUGACAAAUGCAACAUUUGUAGCACGUACUGUGGAUACUUCUUCUUCUGAGUGCUCAGACAGCAAUACAACAUUGUCAUUAAAAUAUACAAGGCCAGUGAGUAGAAUCAGCAGCCUAGAGAUAAGGUUUUUAAUGACCAACAAGUUCUAUGAAGGCUCAGCUAGAAACUGGUCCACUUUAGAUUCAGUUGAGAUUGUACAAGAUGGAGAAGAGUUCGCUAAAUUUAAUGUAUCUGUCAUCUCUGCUCCUGCAGAGUAUUCAUCUCAUUGUCAGCUGGUGGGAACAAGCAAUCUUUAUCCUGCAAGGCUUAUUCCAUUCAACGAUGAGGCAAAAAAUUGGGAUGUUUUCAUUUCCAGGUUGCAAAUUCAAGGCUUCAACAUUGAAAACAACCAGUUUUCCUAUGCAAGUGACUGUACAGGUUUCUUCACUCCUGGGAUCUGGAUGGGCUUGGUGACAUCUAUAGUUUUAUUGUGGAUACUGGCAUAUGGAAUCCAUAUGAUCAUGCAGCUCACAACAAACAGCAGAUUUGAUGAUCCCAAGGGUCCAUCUCUGUCAGUUCCUCAGACAGAAUAGCCAUGAAUUAACUUAAUACUGCUAUGGCUUUUUCUGAUCUGAUAUUUAUGAUUUUUAUAACCUUUCUACUUCAUAAUAUGUGUAACCUAAAAAGAUAGCAUAGCAGAAAGAGAUAAUUAUGCUACAUAUAAAAAGGAUCCUUAUGCUUGGCAAUGAUAAUAAUUCUACUUGUUAUUACCAUAAUUUAUUAACAACUAUCUGUGUUAAGGAUCUGAGGCAUGGCUGCGGAGGUCUUUAGUUUAUCUGGCUAUUAGACUGUUACAAACUGUUUUCAGAUUAACUAUUAUUGACAAAGAAAGGAUACCACAACAGAGAUAAAUGGGAAGGAUAAAUCACUUAUGUGGUAGGAAAUUAUAUAUUGAAACUACUGGUCUCUCUAAAGCCUCUUUAGUAAGGGUGUCAUGUUGAUGCUAUAUAUUAAGAAGGCUGAACUAUGUCUUGUCAUUUUUUUCUCUUGAGAAAACAAUUCAGGAAUGUACAGAACUAAUAAAGUAUAAGCCACCACAUAAACAGUCUUGAAAAGUGUUUUCAAAAUACAUCACUUCAUUCAGAUGUGGUAUCACAAAUGAGUGUGUGUAGGUUAAGGUUUAGUUUCCUUCUAAUAUUAUCUUCUGCCUGUGAGAAUUACAUUGAGUAACACUAACUUAUGUAUUCAAUUUAGCCAUGGACAGCUGAUGGAGUUAUUCAUCAAGACAGGUCCUUCUCCAAUCUGGUCACAAAAUUGUAUUUGCUGUUAUGGCAAUGAAUGCCACUUUUCAAGCUCAUAACCAAGUAUGAUUUAACAUGCUAGCACAGGCAGCAUCUCAACAGAGAUAAGAUGAUUUUCUUAGCAUCACUCCUUUUCUAGGUAUCUUUGGAGUAGUUACAAAGUUUACAUAAAAAGCAAACCAAACCAAAUAUGUAAAGUCACUAGAAGCACUGUGCUAAUGUGCUAUUUAAGUCUGAGGAAGUUUAUGGUUAUCUCAAUGAUUCUAGUAGGCUAAAAAACAUUCAGAGUGUGCUGGAUUCUGCUGUAAUUAAUAAAGACACCACCUCUCAUGGGCAA